CAAACGUCAUGGUUUUUCUCGCCUCAUGUCAUUUUUCUAGACAAACAGUCGAUUACAGUCGAUCCCUUUGAGGAAUGUCUUGUGUGCGUAAGCUUCGCAAAAGGACGAAAUCCCAGGAGUUAGUUUACCAAGAGCAGUGCAAGAUCGUGGCACAAGAGAAUGCCAAACGCAUAGGUCUGGGGGGAGACCCGGACCUGCAGUUUUUGCUGAAAGGUGGAGACCUACUAAAGGUGAAGUCCAGGUCAUGGAGGAAAACCCGCUUCUUUCGCCUGAACGAUGACUGCAAGACCAUGUGGCAACAGACCAGCAAGGCUUUUAAGAGUGACUCCGGCUUCAGUCUUGAGGACGUGGAAUUUGUGCGGUAUGGCCGUCUGACUGAAGGGCUGCAGAAGUACGCUGACCUCUCAAUGGAGGACCGCUGCUUCUCCAUCAUCUUCAGAGGCCGACGGAAGAACGUGGAUUUGAUCGCCUCAUCCAAAGAGGAGGCCAUGCGGUGGGUCAGUAGUCUGGAGAAGGUCAUAGCUGUCAUGGACAACCUCAACCGACAGCAGAACUCUGAACACUGGAUCUAUAGUUGCAUGCGCAAGGCAGACAAGAACGCAGACAACAAAAUGACCUUGAAGGAGCUGAAGCAUUUCCUACGUCAGAUCAAUAUUCAGGUGGACGACAGAUACGCUGAGAUGCUCUUCAAGAAAUGUGACACAUCAAUGUCAAACACUCUAGAGGGAUCUGAGAUCAAACUCUUCUAUGAUUUACUGACUUACCGUGAGGAAAUUGAUGUGAUCUAUGCCAAGUAUGCUCAUACUAAUGGACAGAUCAGCUCCAGCGACCUGUUGAACUUCCUCCAAUAUGAGCAGAGGGAGCCAGUGUCUUUGGAGUAUGUGCAGAAGCUUAUUGAGAAAUAUGAGGUGGAUGAAACAGCCAAACAGAACAAGUGCAUGAGCAAAGAUGGUUUCCAGAUGUACCUGAACAAUGAGGAAUGCUUUAUCUUUAACCCCGCCCACAAAGGCAUAUACCAAGACAUGCACCAACCACUCAAUCAUUACUUCAUUUCCUCUUCCCACAACACCUAUCUGAUGGAGGACCAGCUGAAGGGGCCUAGCAGCACAGAAGCCUAUAUCAAAGCUCUGACGAAGGGCUGCCGCUGUGUGGAGCUGGAUUGCUGGGAUGGUGCAAACGGAGAGCCGGUCAUUUACCACGGCCAUACGCUCACAUCCAAAGUGCUCUUCAAAGAUGUCAUCAAGGCCAUCAAAGAAUAUGCUUUCAAAACCUCACAGUAUCCAGUGAUCCUGUCUUUGGAGAACCAUUGCUCCAUAGAGCAGCAGAAGAUCAUGGCCCGUCACUUAACCUCCAUCCUGGGCAGCGCUCUGCUCACUCAACCCCUGGGGGAUCAAAUGCCCAACACUUUCCCAGCACCUGAGGAGCUCAAGGGACGUUUCCUGAUAAAGGGCAAGCGUUUGAACAAAUUAGAUGCUGUAUUCAACAACAACAACACCACCGAGGAUGUGGACAGUGUGUCAGAGGAAGAUGAAGCUGCUGAGGUCAAAGAGGCUGAACAGAAACCCAAAGCAAAGAGUUCCAAAAAGAUCAAGCUGGCUAAGGAGCUGUCAGACCUUGUCAUCUACUGUAAAAGUGUCCAUUUCAGCACCUUCGAGCAUUCAAGAGACAACCACAGUUUCUAUGAAAUGGCCUCCUUCAAGGAGAGCAAAGCAAUGAACCUGGCAGAAAACUCAGCUACAGCAUUUAUUCAUCACAACAUGGAUAAGCUGAGCAGAAUCUACCCAGCCGGCUCCAGAACCGAUUCAUCCAACUACAAUCCAGUGCCACUGUGGAACGCUGGCUGCCAAAUAGUGGCUCUAAACUUCCAGACUCCCUGUAAGGAGAUGGAUCUGAAUCAGGCUCGCUUUCUACCUAAUGGCAAGUCUGGCUACAUACUGAAACCAGAGUUUCAGAGGGACCCAGCCUCACAGUUUAACCCCAAAAACCUCAGUGUAGGCCCCUCGCUUCAGAAAAAGACCUUACAUCUCAUGAUCAUCUCAGCCCAGCAGCUGCCUAAGAUCAAUAAGGACAAGCAGACGUCCAUCGUGGACCCUCUGGUCAGGGUGGAGAUCUACGGUGUGCCCGCCGACAAUGACAUUAAACAGACACAUUACAUUGAAAACAAUGGUUUCAAUCCUACGUGGAACACAAACUUCCAGUUCACUGUUAAUGUGCCGGAACUGGCUUUGGUGCGGUUUGUGGUAGAGGACCAUGAUACUGCUUCCCAUAAUGACCUGGUUGGCCUGUACACCCUGCCCUUCACCAGCAUGCAGAACGGAUACCGCCAUGUGCCUCUGCUCACAAAAAGAGGAAGCCUCAUCGCUUCAGCGGGACUGUUUGUACACAUCAUGAUUCUUGAUAGUGAAUAGACUCCAACAUUCCCCUCAGUCACUUUAAUGUCAAAGCGUGGAGAUCACUGAACAGCACCAUCAACUUAGCUGUCCUCUGCAAACACAUAAGAUUUGGACCUUUCCGAUGUGCCUUCUGAUUUACUGGUGGUACAGAGGCAUACCUUAAUAUGCUUUUUGGAAUUAGUAUGCGUGGUUUAGUAAAAAAAGAAAGAAAUAUAAAUACAUAAGAAAAAGAUGAUAUCAAAUCAAAUAGUGUUCAGAAUUCAACAUUAAAGUCCUUUCAUAGCAUGCAAACUGAAAAAAAAAAUCUAUAUUGUUUAAAUAAUAAAAUAUCAAAUUCAUAAAUUUAUUUAAAUAUAUUUUAUUCAAAGUUAAUUGAAAUUAGAUUUUUUUUUUGGCUUUUGGCUACCAAUAAGAGGAGUACUUCCUAGUGCUGUGAAAUCGAUUAAUCGCGAUUAACCAUAUCGAAAAUAAAAGUUUGUGUUUAUCAUUGUUGGGGGUAAUGCAUUACAAGUAAUAGGAGUUACAUAAUCAGAUUACUUUACUGUUAUCAAAAUAACUGGUAAAGUAAUGCAUUACUUUUACUUUUUAAAUGAAAUUUUCAAAUAAGUAACCCCGAUUACUUUCUUUUCCCAUUUAUUCAUUGACAGCUCACCUGUCCCCGUUUCGAGAGACAUUAGGGGUGAAAUGCCGAGGCACUUCCUUUAGCCUGAGUCUUAUUCAUUUCACUUUUGGUGUGAAAGGGGCUUUACAGUUGUCAGAAUAUAACUUUCGGGAUUUCAGUUAUUAAUAAACAAAUAAGCAAGCCUAGCCCAGGUGACAAAAAGUAAUGCAAAAGUAACAUAACGCCAUAAAGUGUAAUUAAGUAACGCAAUUAGUCAUUUUUUAAUGAACUCAAUAUUGUAAUGCAUUACUUUUAUAAAAUAACUUUGCCCAACACUGGUGUUUAUGUGUGUGUACUGUGCAUAUUUAUAUGUCUACACCAGUGGUUCCCAACCUUUUUCAACUCGCGGCCCACACAACCAAACACAUAUGUUUGCGCGGCCCACUGCAAAAAAAUUAACUGACCUCGCUAUUGUUGGGUUAAUAAGAAGCUAGAUUGUUAAUUGUCUUUAUUGAAUGAACUGGUAAUGAACAGAAAAAAACAACUGCUGUUGUUCUGUAGCAUAUGCAGCAAAAAUAUCUAAUAUAAAUUGGCAGUUUAUUCUUAAACCAAUCAGUGAGCUUCAAUAGUGGAAGCAUAGUUACAGUUUAAUAUUUAUUUUUUGUUAAUUAUAUUUUUGAAAUGAUGUUAUUAUGUUAUGACUUAGACAUUUUUAUAGAAGAGUCUUCUACAAGAUACAAGACAUUUUUCACAUACCAUAUGAACAAUAUUAUUAUUUAUUUUAAUAGUAAUUGGCGGCCCACAGGUGGAAAACCACUGCUCUACAUAAAUACACACACAUACAUUUAUAUAUUUAAGAAACAUUUACAUGUAUAUGUGUGUAUUUACACGAUUACACGAUAAAUUGAUUUGACAGCACUAGUUCUUUCAGAUCCAUUUAACAGUUUGUACCAUAUUGAUGUCCAAAACACUGUUUUCUAUUUUAAUAUUACAAAAAUUUAUAUUUAAAAAUAUACUACACUGAUCCCUUUUUACGUAGAGUAUUUAAACAGUGUUUGUAUAUAAUCUCUAAUGGUGUGGUUUUUGUCCAAACAUUCCCAUUAAGUCUUCAUCGUUGUCUUAAUUAUUUCUUGGUUAAACAGAUUUCAUCUUAACAAUACCAUCUCCUUUGUUCAGUGUUGCGUGAGAUGUGUUGAACUGUAGGAAUAUUGUUCAAUAUUUGUUAGUCUCCAUUUUUACAAUGACUCAAGUUGACUUGUUCUUUAUAUGAACUCAGGAUACAAAUGAUGGACAAUUUACCCCAUAUGACCAAUAUUUUUUGACAAACAUGUUCAGGUAUCUGAACUCUAGGCGUGUGUUGAAUUAUCUUGUCAGAGCAGCAGAAGUCUUGCACUACAAAUGUGUAUAACGUAAAAUAAUGGAAAAAGUGAUACAUUUACAAACAGAAGCUGUGCUCUAUAUAUUUAAAGUUCUUGUUUUGUAUUCAUUGUUCUUGGGUAAAGGUAUUGCUGCUUUUAUCUGCUCUUUUUCUAGAAUUUUUUCUAUUUUUAUGUUGUUCUUAACUUAUCUAAUGUGCCUUAAAGGAACAUUGUUACACAGGCUGUUACUGUCUACUCCAGCAAUAUGAAGCCAUAACAACAUCUGUUUCUGACGUCCUCCUGACAGAAAAGAACUGCUAUAGUGAUUACUGUACAUGCAUUAAAACUGAAUUAAACAUCUCAGAAACA